UUGACUGGUUACCUCUGUCGCCUGUAAGGGCGCACGGGCGCUUGGAUUGGACGAAGUGUGCCGUUCUGCAUGUGUUUUACGUUCAUAGAAGGGCAGGGUAGGCAGAAGGUGAUCAAUCUCCAUCSGUCAACAUUGGCAAUCACCUUACCACAGUGCAAGACGCACAAGAUAAUGCGAUUGAUUUGAUUUUUAUWAUAUUUUUUCCAAUUGUGAAAUUUUCCUCUGACGCACAACUGGGGUUCAAAUUGGAAAACUGCGUUGGUUGAUGUAAACUCCUUAUUUGCAGUUUGCGUAUUUCUCAUCCAAUUGUGUGCGCACCUUCUUACGGUUGUCUCGCUUUCAAGAACAUUUUCUCCAUGUGGAUAUUYUUGAUGUACGGGAUCUUCUUGGCUUGACUACAAAUAAAGCAAAUAAGAAAACAGGAUCCCAAACGCAAGGAUUUCAUCAAGGGACUGCAACAUCGGGGGAAUCGAACWUUUCCGCACSGACUUUGGUUUCCCCGUGUCCGUUUCUAGCAUGAUGUCAUACCUCAAACAGGCCCCGUACGGCAUGAACGGAAUGGGGCUCAGCGGUACGGCCAUGGACCUACUGCACCCAUCAGUGGGGUAUCCAGAUCGAAAUGGCUUCGAAGAGUUUCCAUUGACAGGUUUCUAUUCCAUUUCAGCGCAUCCGAGGAAACAGCGGAGAGAGAGGACAACUUUUACUCGUACUCAGCUGGACAUUCUGGAGUCACUUUUCGGCAAGACGCGCUACCCAGACAUUUUCAUGCGGGAAGAAGUCGCACUGAAAAUCAAUUUGCCUGAGUCUAGAGUCCAAGUAUGGUUCAAGAACAGGAGAGCCAAGUGCCGUCAGCAGGCCCAGAGUGGAAACAAUGCUAAAGUCCGGCCUGCCAAGAAGAAGUCCUCUCCAACCAGGGAGAGCACAGGCUCAGAGAGCAGUGGUCAGUUCACCCCUCCGGCAGUGACCAGCACCGGCUCCUCUUCCUCUUCCUCUGCCUCGUCCGGUGGCUCUCAUCCCUCCGGCCAUGGAGGCCAAGGCCUGAGCAGCACUUCUACCUCCGUCACAGCCCCAGUGUCCUCCAUCUGGAGCCCUGCGCCCAUCUCCCCGGCCCCCGCACCACCCCCUGUCCCCGACCCUGCUCCUCCAACCAGUGCCUCCUGCAUGCAGAGGUCUGUGUCAGGUACUGGAGGCACGUCCUCCUACCCAGUGUCCUACAGCCAGACAGCGGCGGCCUAUGGGCAGGGCUACCCCGCCCCGGCAUCAACGGGCUCCUACUUCGGAGGGGUGGAAUGCAGCUCGUACCUGGCCCCCAUGCACUCUCACCACCACCCCCACCAUCCGCACCAGCUCAGCCCCAUGACGGGCUCCUCCAUGUCUGGCCAYCCRCACCACCAYAUAGGGCAGACCUCAGGGCACCACCACCAUCACCACCCCCACCACCACCAGGCCUACAGCGGGGCCGGSCUGGCCUUCAACUCCUCAGACUGUCUGGAUUACAAAGAACAAACGGCCGCGGCCGCAGCCUCUUCCUGGAAGCUCAACUUCAACACCACCGACUGCUUGGACUACAAAGACCAGGCCUCCUCCUGGCGGUUCCAAGUCUUGUGACUUUUUUYCCYCCUUUCAAAUAAGUAUUUUUGUUUMGUUUUUUUGUUGAAGAGCUWUUUUCUUCAAAGCAUUAAGAAGUUAACUAAUAGUAGAGACAAUUAUCAAGCCUUUUUUAAGUUAAUGUUUGGAAAAUUCAAGUGACGCACAGAUGAAAAAGCCUGUCUUCUUCUUUGACCAUUUUAUGAAUCAACAAGCUUGAAUUGGAUCCACUCACCCAGACUUUGGGACAUCAAGGAAUAUUUUUCUACACAUGAACUCUGAAAAUUGCCCUCCAACAAGUUUAAAGUAUGUAGUUUAUCCCUUUGAGUUAGAAUAGUUUUUUCAGGAUGGAGCAAGAGCACUGUGUUAUGGAUUUUCCAUAAAUAUUCCCAAGAACGACCAAUUGAGGGCGAACCUUUGUCACAAAAUUUGUUUUAUGGAAAAAUAUGAUAUUUUAUGCUCAUGUAUUUGAUAUAGGCCUACCCAUUAGAGACCAUUUAAAUUGAGAAAUUAAGAUGCUGCUAUUGUUUUCAGUUUGCUGAUAUUCAAAUUWAUGUUAAUUCCAACUUGAAUAUUGUUCAUUGUCCGGACUGUAGUGUUGUAUUUUGGAAGUUUAAUUGCAGCACUUGUUUAUAAGGUCAAAGAUUUUGCUAUUGUUCUUUACGAAGAAAAUGUGAGUUAGACACGCAAUGUCAGUAUUCCAAUGAAAUUUAAAAUGUACAUUCGUGUCUUUAUAAUAAAGAUUCGUUAAAAACAUG